AUGCCCGCCACCGAUGAAGAGGACGACUACGGCGACGAGCUCGUAUACGACUCGGGACUCGACGAGACCCUCCGCGCAGCCGAGGCUGUUCCUGACAUCGAGGACGUGCCGCUCGCCAUCUCACCGUUUGGCGAGUUUCGGCACCGUGGCAACCUCUCCGUAUCUGACCUGGUUGGGCCGGUCUGGUGCGAGGUCCAGUUCGACUAUCGUCUGCGUACCCUUCCUUACCUCCCGGUUAGCCAGCGGCCGACGACCAUAAUCUCGCCCAAGGGCGCGAGCAUCUCUGUCGACCAGGCAAAGGUCGAGGGCAAGGAGCGUAUCCUGAGGCGGGGAGAGCGGCUCGAGCGCGAGAUCCAUCCCGAAGAGAUCAAAGUUCAGGCAACGACGAGGGAAGACACAUGGGGCCUGAGGAUGCUGAACAUGUUCUCCGCACUAGAGGCCUUGCUAACUAUCGGCAAGUGCCGCGAACUGCCAGUCGCUGGGUUCGUGGACGACACGUUUGUCCUGGGCAUCAUUGACGAAAUCACACGCGUACCCAUCGUCGAAUCGCCAACGAAGGGUCGUCAGACGCGGGCAAAGCGUACAGAGUCCGGGCGUCAGGCGUCCCUAAACGACUUCUUCGGUGGCAAGCCACUACCCCAACCACAGACCCACCGGCUAAUCGUGUCCGACUCAAAGACGCGGACGACCGCCUCAAUGCCGAGGGAAGAGGACACUCUCGCUGGUCGCCUGCAGGUCAUGCUCUACAAGGAGCUGAUUGACGCCCUCCUCGUGCCGCAUGAACCGCGGUUGGUAUCUCCGAAGGCGCGCGUUAAGGUGGAAGAGGGCGAAGCUCAGGUCGAGGUGGAGGCCGAUCCGCCACAUAAGCCGCCAGAGGCUUACCUUCCCACGUCAAGCGAGCAAGGUUCAGGGCUGUGGCGCAUUUGGGACCAUCUGGGGCUCGACACGUCCAGAUGGUUCACGGACGAGUUUAUCGCACAGACCUGUCCCGUUGUCGAGAGUAACGAGCUGCGGUUUGGCGUAGCCGAGGGUCGAACUCUAGCCGACUACGCCCAGUCAUGGACCCGGUACGUCGCAGCCCUGGGCCUCGGUGCCGGGACAGAUGAGGGCCGCACAGAUACCUCGCUGGAGCUCGUAUACCGCCGCGCUGCACCCAAGAGGAAGAAGGAGGCAGCCCGGAAACGGCGCAAGGGAACCAAAGGCCGGAGGAGAAAAGAGAAGGGCGAGGCUGUCUUGGCUGUGCUUCCCUCUCUGGAAGAUGUGGACAUUGCCACACUGGAUGAGGAGACCCAGGUCCAGCUCGCUCUGCAACUCAGCAUGCAGGACUCAAAGGCCGAGAGAGGUCCGUCGUCCCAGAUUCUCAGAGACGCUCGGCUUGUGGAAAUUACGUCGUCAUCCGACGGAAACGAACCUAGCAUGACGGUUUAUGACCCAGGACACGUCCUUGCGGAGGGUCCCAGGUCCCAGAAUAUCGAGGCCACAUAUGACACUGGAGACGAACCGCCGUUAUCUGAGCCUCCACUGGUAGCUUUGGGAAUGGGAAGCCCCAGUUUGGCCGACAGACCUAGUGAUGGAGAGUCGCAAGUCGAGCCCUUAGGUCAUCCUCUAGAUUCGCCCCCAUCGAGCUCUGCCCUGGGCCUUGGGAAACCCACUGUCUCGUGCUCGUGCUCCCAACGCUCGGUCUCGAGCCAGACGAAAUACUUCACGUCCGACAGCGAGCAGGAGCGCGAGGACGCAGAGCUGGCGUGGGCUGUCGAGAUGAGCUUGGGCACCGGGUCACAGGAGACUGCCGCGCCCUCCGGAGCAGGGGUCAUGUCGCCAUCAGAGCGAAAGCCGCGUGCACGGUCACCCUCUCCAGGAACAGCAUCGGGGUCUAUUAUUGGCAAGCACCGCUUCACGCACGACCGCGCCGCGCUUGGCACACACCUGCGAUCCGUACUCCAGUACUGGCGAGGGACUCGGAGGCCACUGGGCGUCAGCACCGCUCAGGUUCGUCGGUGCCACUGGUGCGAGUUUGAGGAGGGGUGUGAGUGGCGCCAAACCAAGGCGGGCGAGGCGCUCGAGCGCUACCGCUCGCAGAGAAUGUCAUGA